AGAUUUUGGUCGCCACCAGCAUUCCAUAUUUCCAAUCUCUUCUCCCUUUUAGGAACCCUCACGAUUUCCUCUCUCUAGAGCCGAAUCGGAGGCCGGCGGCGAUGUGCGGCGCCGACGACCAGUGGGUGAGAGCCGCCAUGGCGGACGACGCGGUGGUGGUGGAGGUUUUGCUGCGGUUGCACGAUGGAGCGCCGAAACGGUCUCUUAUGCCGCUGAAGUGGAGCGUGCGGCAACGGCGGUCCAGACCGGUUUCGAAGAAGAAGGAGGCUCAGAGAGCCAGUCCGGCGACGCCGCUGUCGUGGAGCGGUGCUACUUCUCUGAGCGGAGGCUCUGGCGGAUCUGGCGGCGGCGGAGGCGGUGGAGAUGAAGAGUCUAGUCGGCCGUCGAUACAGAGCGUUUCCGUCGCGACGAGAUCUAAGGUUAAUAGUGAUGGUGAAAGAACUGCACCAAAGAGAUCCAGAAAGAAAAAGACCUUAGUAGAGCUUAGAGAUGAAGAGAGAUCAUUGCUGAAGGAAAAAAGAGAACUUAAAAGGGAUAUCGCUGCGCUACGCCUGAAUUUACAAAAAGAAAGGACUGCAAAUGAAAAAUUGAAAAGAAUGAAGAUCGAGUCACAACCCCUUCCAGACCGAGAGCCAGAGGAAUCAAACUUGGAUCAACUUCAACAAAUCACAGACGCCUCCUCAGCUUCAGCUUCCAAUCGUAUUUUUCCUACAAUCUCCAGCAACAAUGGUGCAAUGCCACAGUCCUCCACACCAGAUGUUCAACCCGACCAAAGAGCAGGCGGCGCAGCUGAUCAUAAGUUUGUCCUUCCUGAUCUAAAUCUACCCUUGGAUGAGAAUCCAUAUCCUGAAGCUUUUUGUGGAUUCAGUUAGACAGACAGGUAUUCGUGAAUUAUCUCCCCUGCUCAGCCAAAACCAAACAUAUAUAGAUAGCAUCAUACAUUCUCUCCUAUACAAAAAUAAGAACUAACCUUGCUUUAGAAUUCAGUCUUCUGCCAUCUCUCUCUCUCUCUCUCUCUAUAUAUAUAUAAAUAUGAGAUAUAGAACCGAUCACACAGCAUUUUGGGCUAGCUCUUCGACAUGCUCGUGGGGAGAAAAUUACGACAUAGAAUCUAAUGUCGAUGCUCGGGUGGUCAGCUUUUAUCAAAAGCACAGCACCCACCCCAUCAACAUUCUUUUUUUGUUUUUGUUUUUUCAUUGAAUGCUUGUCUUGUAAGUUCGAUCAACAUGUGAAUGUGGUUUCUUCCAAGUAAAAUGUUUUUUCCUAUCUUACAUUUUGCAGCUUUCAAAUAUCGAGUAGAGUAGUUGAUGUGAUAUUUUGCAUGCAUAUUGGAGAUAUUUUGUAUGAAAA